UCUCAAAAACUUCCACACUUCUUGCAGAUAAAAUCUACAUACACCAGAAUGUCCCUCACCGAGCAAUUCAACGCCGCCGCAGAGAAGGUUAAGAAUCUGACCAAGCGCCCCAGCGAUGACGAGUUCCUGCAGCUGUACGCCCUCUUCAAGCAGGCGUCCGUUGGCGACAACAGCACCAGCAAGCCGGGUCUCCUCGACCUGAAGGGCAAGGCCAAGUGGGAGGCCUGGAACAAGCAGAAGGGCAAGUCCACCGAGGCUGCCCAGCAGGAGUAUGUCGCCCUUGUGGAGGGUCUGGUGGCCAAGUAUGCCUAGAGAGUCCGAGUGCCAACAUCCCCGAGGACCCAUCACCACCACUGAUCUUAACCAGAGAGAGACUUUAACCCCAUGCGAUAGCUAUGUUAUUUACUUGUAGAAUGCAAAAUAAACGUUGUAUGUAAAUUUUGUA